AUGGAAAUUCAACAUUUUAGCCAUAAUCAUCCUCUGGUUUUCGAGGAAGAGCGGAGCCAUGACAGUGAUGAGAAGGCUUAUUGCAAUGUGUGUGGGGAGGUGGUGUCGGGUCCAACGUAUAGCUGCGUGGCAUGCGGGUUUCACCUCGACAAGAACUGCGCCGAGGCACCUUUAGAGAUGAAUCACCCCUUUCACCGCGAACACAGCCUUAAACUUACGAUAUGGACAGCUGGUAAAUAUUGGUUUAAUUGCAAUUUUUGCAACAAAAGGUGCGACAACUUUGUUUAUCUUUGUUCUAUUACUUGUAAAGUAAGGCUUCACAUCAAGUGUGCUCUGUUUACAUAUAGCAUUGUUAAAAAGAACAUUGGAGGGCUUCAACAUAUUGCCCAUAAAGACCCAUUGAUCUCUACUGAAAAUCCUUCUGUAAAACUCAAAUACGCCCAUUGCUUUGUAUGUUGGACACCAUUAUUAGACUCUCCAUGCUUUUCUCUUGAUUGUGGAUUUUACCUGCAUAAGAAAUGUGUUGAGCUACCCUUUGAAAUCAAUCACCUUUGCCACCACCAACAUUCUAUGUUGUUACAGUUUAAUAGUGAUAGUCUCCCGUGCAAGAUAUGCCAAGAAACCCAAGUCAAGGGAUUUGUUUACUGUUGUUCAAUGUGCAAGGUUGCCCUUCACAUUGAAUGUGUGCCACCAUCACCUUUUAUUGAAGAUUGCAGUCAUGAACACUCAUUCACUAGGUGUUUAAGACGAUUUUCAUUCAUUUGCGGUGCAUGUGGCAUGUCAGGAAAUUAUGCUUCUUAUAUUUGCUCGACAUGUGCCCUUCCAGCCCACAAGAAUUGCAUUUCAUUACAGCGCAUCAUCAAAAGCAUGUGGCAUCACCAUCCUAUUUUCCACCACUAUUUUGUAGUAGAAAAUGAGUGCGGAAUAUUGGAAUGUGGAAUUUGUCAUGAGGAGGUGAGCAAAGAGUAUGGGAGUUACUAUUGUGCUGAGUGUAAGUUUAUUGUCCAUGUGAAAUGUGUUCUAGAGGAUACUGAUUGUUAUUAUGGAAUUGAGUCAAAAGAUGUUUAUGAGAAGCUUAAUGAAAAUCCAACGCUGGUGGAUCCAUCCUUUCUUGUCAUUAAAGAGAUCAAACUUGGAGAAAAUGUGAUACAUACAGAGAUAAAACAUUUCAGUCAUGAACACAAUUUAGUGUUAUAUGAUGAAGCAAGGGAUGACAAAUGCUGUGAUUGUUGUAGUCUACUCAUCGAGACUUCUUUUUAUCAUUGUUCAGAAUGUGAUUUUUGUCUCCAUAAAUCAUGCGCUGCGUUACCCAGGAAGAAGCCGUUGUGGCCUUUUCCUGAGAUUUCCUUAAUGCUUACUCCAAAUUGCUUUUUCAUUUGUGAACUCUGUGGGUCCAAUCAUACUGGUUUUGCCAACAGAGCCAGCGACGAGUCUUCGAGCAAGUAUAUUUGCCUUCAGUGUGGUGAAUUUCCUUGGUCCUGCACUAGUCAAGGACACAAGGAGCACCUCCUUUCCCUUUACCCCAAGUAUAAUGGGCAGUGCAAUGCUUGUGGUGACAGUAUUGAUGAUGUGUCAGCAUACAGAUGCAAGGGUUGCAAUUUUAAUUUGCAUUCGAAAUGUACUCGGCUACCACAAACAGCUAGGCACAAAUGUGAUGAACAUCGCCUCACUCUCACAUACAAUUAA